GAAAUAACGUCCCCCGUGGCAAGUGGCGUCCGGCAAACGAUCGAGAACUUAAGUACACCUCUUCCUAGUACAUUCCCGGAUUUCCAGUCCGAACUUUCCGGGAUCAGUGUUGGAAAUGAGCUUGGCGGAGAGGCUGCAAUUGUUCCAGUCGAAGAUGAAAGCGACCAGCUGUGGAUUGAUAUUUUAACUCAGGCUGUUUCACGUUGUGGCAAUAAUCACAACAGGAUAGCUCGAUAUGCGCAAGCCGUUGUUGAUGAAGCAAUGUCGAUAUCACUGCGUCUGAUCUCCGAUCAACGCUAUUCGAUGAUAGAGGAGGAUGCGCAAUCAACACCGAAUGACCCGGAUGCUCGAACACGGGCCUGGAAUAAAGCUAAAACCGAAUUCAUCGAUAAAAUCUACCAGAAAUAUGAGGGAGCAAUUAGGAGCAAAGCUAAUCUGAGGUGUCCAGCUAAGAUCGACAACAAGCGGUUCCUGCGCAAAGUACGCCGACGUUUACUUUGA